AACACCGGGCCGAUAACACAAACCUAGACAUCCUAGCCUUCAAUCACGGAAAAGUUUGUGUUCGCAAAAAUGAAUAGGAUAUUUCUAUUUGCCAUUUUAUGCGUUGCAAUAGUCGCUUCAGAGAAACUCCAAGGAGUUCGAAGGACUGUGCACAUCACAAAAAGACAAGCAGGUGGAGGAUGUCUAUAUGAGGGUACCGUCCAUCGACAGGGGGAGACCUGGCAGGUACCCUGUAAAUACAACUGUGUCUGCAAAGACGGAACAAGCGGACAAUACAGCUGUACAGAAAUCUGUCCUCAUUAUGAUACACUCCCUGAUGGAUGUUACAUGGCACAGGAUCCAUCAAACAGUUGUUGUCAAAAGCCACAGUGUAACUUCCAGCCCUCUGGUGGUAGCGGCGGAGGAAGUGGAACUGUACUAACAGGAAGUUCUGGUGGUGGAACAGGAAGUUCCGGUGGUGGUACGAAACACGUGCAAAUGGGCGGUGGUAGUUCGCACUCCGGAUCUUUUAUGAGUGGAGGAUCUUGUCAUGACGCAAUUAACAACUGUGCUAAUUACGGAAAGGCCGUGUGUUCUGAUGCCAGUUACUCCCAAUGGGUCAAACAGAACUGUGCUCUCUACUGUAAUAUGUGUGGAGGAACAAGUUCUAGUAGUGGUGGUGGAGAUGGUGGAUUCAGCCUGCACUUUGGUACAGGCACAAGUGGAUCGGGUGGAACAGGAGCAAUGACAGUUUCAGGUGGAUCAGGAACGAUGACUGGACCAGGAACAAUGACAGGCUCUUGUACUGAUGCUAUUAAUAACUGUGCCAGUUACGGAACUGCUGUCUGUACUGACCAACAAUACAGCGCCUGGGUGUCAAAGAACUGUGCUAAAUUCUGCAACAAGUGUGGAAUGACAGGUACAAUGACUGGAACAGGUGGAACUAUGACUGGAACAGGUGGAACAAUGACUGGUACAGGUGGUACAAUGACUGGAAUUAGUGGAACAAUGACUGGCACAGGAACAGGUGUACCUAUGACGGGUACUGGAACAGGUGGAACUAUGACUGGUACAGGUGUAACUAUGACUGGUACAGGCGGAUAUCCCGUUCCCGUGCUUCCAGGAGGGUCGGGUGUAUAUACUGGAACAGGAGGGACUGGGGGUACAGAUGGAAGUGGAACAGGCGGUUUUGUUGUUCCUGGUGGAUCAGGAUCGGGUGUAUAUACUGGAACAGGAGGGACAGGGGGUACAGAUGGAAGUGGAACAGGGUCGGGAGUGUAUACUGGACCAGGAGUUACAGGGGGUACAGGAGGAACAAUGACCGGAGGAACAGGAACCAUGACUGGGGGAACAGGAAUGUGUGCUGAUAAACUCAACAACUGCGCUAACUACGGCAAAGCUGUCUGUACCGACGCUACUUACGCUGGCUGGGUCAAGGAGAACUGCCCAGCUUACUGUGGACAUGGUGGUGCAAUGACCGGAACUGGUGGUGGAAUGACUGGAACAGGAUCCGGUGGGACUAUGACUGGCACAUCUACAGGCUGUGUAUACAAGGGUCAGGUUUACCAACAAGGACAAACCUGGAAGGACGGGUGUACCUACAGAUGCACAUGUGCUGAUGCCACCACAGGAAAAUACACGUGCACAGGACUCUGUGUACAAUGGAAUCUUCCAUCAUCUUGUCGCUUGAAUCCUCCUGCUGCUGGAAAAUGUUGUCAGACACCUAACUGUCCCCCUACCGUACAAGUCCAGUACCCUCCAAACUUCGUUGAGGAGUAGACUUUUGUUAAACUCGAACAAAAGCACAAUAAAAACAUUUAAUAAUUUUUUUACAUGUUUAUCAGUGGAAGUGCAAUUAACGAUCGAUCGCCAUACGAAUAAUGUGAUUGAUAUACAUGUACAAUACAAUUUAUUUUUUAUAUAUAUAAAUUAAAUAAAGUUUCAGACUUGUU